AGGUUAAAGUUGAAAAGUAGGCGGAGGCGGAACCACUGCACCAAAACCGAACUUUUCUGGUUUUAAUGAUAUGAUAAGAGUAUUGGAACUGUUAUGUUAUUGAAGACACUGGUAAGGAGUGCAUGCACUCUGGUAGGAGCCGCGACAGCCUUGAAAUUUGCCCCAUUUGAAGUCCAGGCCCAGUCAGCUGCUCUGCUUCACACUGUUGUCAGGAAAAGCUCUCUGGUGGAACAAGCAAAUAUGAAGGUUGAACUAAUUCCAGCACUUUCCGACAACUACAUGUACCUGCUUAUAGACCCAGACACAAGAGAGGCUGCCAUUGUCGACCCGGCUGAGCCUAUAAAGGUUGUGGAAGCUGUCAGAAAACAUGGCGUUAAGCUCACAACUGUUUUGACCACACAUCACCAUUGGGACCACGCGGGUGGUAAUGAGAAAAUGGUGAAGUUGAUGCCAGGUCUCAGGGUCUAUGGAGCCGACGACAGGGUUGAUGCAAUUACAAAGAAAGUUCCAGAUUCUCACAAUUUUAAAAUUGGAUCUCUUCAUAUUAAAUGUCUCCAUACACCAUGCCACACUACAGGUCAUGUAUGCUACUAUGUGACCAAAGAAAACAGUAGCGACCCACCUGCCGUUUUCACCGGUGACACUUUGUUUGUUGCUGGUUGUGGUAAAUUUUUUGAAGGAACAGCAGAGCAAAUGUACAGAGCUUUGAUUGACAUUCUUGGAUCCCUCCCUCCAGAAACUCGUGUCUACUGUGGUCAUGAGUACACUGUCAACAAUUUGAAAUUUGCACGCCACGUGGAACCAGACAAUGACGUUAUUCGGGAAAAACUUGCAUGGGCGAAAGAGAAAUGCGACAAAGGUGAACCCACCAUCCCUUCUACUCUGGCUGAUGAAUUCACUUUUAACCCUUUCAUGAGAGUCAAAGAGAAGACUGUGCAGGAUCAUGUUAAACAAACAAGUCCAGUGGAAACCAUGAGAAGUCUUCGUAAAGAGAAGGACUCUUUCCGUGUCCCUAAAGAGUGAUAAUCGGACAAUUGUACUUUACAUACACUGUUAACAUCAUCUGCUCUGCAAGAAGGUUUAUUAGUUAUUAAUUGCCAUUGAUAGUUUUCAGUAUGCAGUCCAUUAGUUUCAUGUUCGAUCUAUACAGUAUGAAAAUAGGUGUACAAAGUGAUUUUUAUGCAAGUCUUUAGACUAUAAUCUUAAAACAAUACAGAGAUGAUGUUGACAAAUUAUAUAUAAUGUGUAAAAUAUAAUGUGUUGACAUGUCUGAUUCUGCUUUGUAAAGCCCAUUUCCUUUAAACAGUGUUGAUGUACAUGUAAAAUUUAAAUUCGAUUUUAUGUUAGGUAUUUUAUUUUCCAGAAGUGUGGACAUGUGCAGCAGUUAUAAAUAGACACUCACACAAGCCACGGAGAGGAAGGAGUCAUCAUUGAAAAAAAAAAAAACUUAAGUCUUAAUAUAUUUUUGUAUAUAACUGAGUAUUUGGGACAUAGUAACGUUUCCUGUAAACGUGAUACUCAAAAUAAAGUGGUGCGGUUUGAUGUGUCUGAUUCGAUUAAAAA